CAGAGCCAUCUUUUGUCCUAUUUUUCCAGAAGAGAGGGAGAAAUCCCAAUGAGGGAAGUGACUUGACCAACUUACUCAGCUGGUCAGUGCAGAAGCAGAAGCUGGAUCGAGGAGCUCCUGACUGCCCACCUGGUGCUUUUCCCCUCAGCCACAUAUCCUGUUUCUCCACUGGAGUAAAAAUAAAAGUUUCUCUGUCAUUCACAGAAAAAUGGAUCAUUUAAAUCUUUGGAGGACUCAAUUAUCACAAUACUUCUAUGCUACCAAUUAAGAUUUAUGACAGUAAAUUUAUGACAAUACGUUUCAGCAUCAUAGAACUGCUGAAGAACAAAAAGAGGAUAUUCUUUUAUAAGAAAAAUCCUGUAGUAUCAUGAUAAUGCUAAAUAAAAAGCACAAUUAUUAAAUUAUUAGACUUGCUAAUACAAGCUCACAUGUGCAACAGCUACUGUAUCCUGACAGUUAACAAACCUCAAGUUUAGAUUUUUCCCCUUUUUGGGAAAGGUCAUUAUAUUUGCAAGAAACCACUGAACGUUGCCAACGAAUAUAUUUGCAGCUGAGUGUCAUUUAGGAGAAUUUACUUGAAACAAGUCUAGAAAAUUUCAAGUCCCACCACUAAGUGGAUUUGAUAUUAUGGCAGCAACUUACAGACUUGUGGUUAGUACUGUGAACCACUACAGCAGUGUGGUGAUAGACCGGCGUUUUGAGCAAGCUAUACAUUAUUGCACUGGAACCUGCCACACCUUCACACAUGGAGUUGACUGCAUUGUGGUACAUCAUAGUGUUUGUGCAGACCUCUUGCACAUCCCUGUGUCUCAGUUCAAAGAUGCAGAUCUGGACUGUAUGUUUCUACCCCAUGAAAAUGGCUUUUCCCCAGCUGAAGGUGACUAUCCUCAUCAGGCUCUCGCAGGCAUACCCAGGGUCAAGAAAGGAUCUGCAUUUCAGAACGCCUGUAACUUAAAGGACAUUGCAGGAGAAGCAAUCAGUUUUGCCAGUGGGAAAAUAAAAGAGUUUUCCUUUGAAAAACUCAAAAACUCUAACCAUGCAGCUUAUAAAAAGGGAAGAAAAGUUAAGUCUGACUCAUUUAAUAGGAGGUCAGUUGAUUUUGACUUGCUCUGUGGCCAUUAUAACAGUGAUGGGAACUCCCCAUCCUUUGGUUUACUCCGGAGUUCCUCACUUGAGGAAAAAUCGUUGUCCCAUAGAAACUCACUUGAUACGAACCUGACUUCGAUGAUGCUUCACAACUUCUCUGAAGAAGACCUGGUUACUCAGAUUUUGGAAAAACAUAAAAUAGAUAAUUUUUCUUCUGGAACAGACAUAAAGAUGUGCUUGGACAUCUUGCUGAAAUGCUCUGAGGAUUUGAAAAAAUGCACAGACAUCAUAAAACAAUGCAUAAAGAAAAAGUCAGGGAGUGGCAUCAACGAAGGAAAUGGUAACAAUGCAGUUUCUAGCUCUGAAACUGUCUAUAUGAAUGUAAUGACCAGGUUAGCAUCCUAUCUGAAAAAGCUACCAUUUGAACUCAUGCAGUCUGGGAAUAAUGAGGCUAUAGAUUUAACAGAACUGGUCAGUAAUAUGCCUAGUUUACAACUGACUCCCUUUUCCCCAAUAUUUGGCACUGAACAGCCCCCUAAAUAUGAAGAUGUUGUCCAGCUCUCAGCCCCUGGCUCCGCACAGUUUCAAACUAUAGAAUUGCAAGAUGACAAGGACAGUUCUAGGAAAACAGACACUGUAAAAUCCAUUCCAAACAACUCUACAAAUUCCUUAUAUAACUUAGAGAUAAAUGAUCCCAGAACUCUAAAAGAUGUCCAACUUCCAUCACAGUCAUUAACCAUGAACCCUUUAGAAAAUGUUUCUUCUGGUGACCUAAUGGAAACCCUUUAUAUUGAAGAAGAGUCAGAUGGAAAGAAAGUAUUAGAUAAAGGACAAAGGACAGAGAAUGGACCCUUUAACAAUCAGGAGUUGUUAAAGGUAAAUGAAGACAGAGCAGAAUUUUCAGACCAUGGUACUCAUCUUAAAAAACGUCCUGCCUCAUUGCAAAAUGAAAUUAGUAAGAUAUUUGAGAAACCAGUUAUUAAUCUACCUGAGGAAGAUCUUCAAUCAGAAGUUUCUAAAGUUGGCGAGGGAGACCACAGAGAUUUUAUGAAUCCUAAUAGUCAGGAAGAGAUAGAUAAAUUGUUACUGGAUUUGGAAUCUUUUUCACAGAAAAUGGAGACCUCUCUAAGAGAGCCACUUGCCAAAGGUAAAAGCUCUAACUCUCUGAAUAGUCAUAGUCAGCUGACUGGUCAGCUCCCUGUAGAUCUUGAGCCAAAAUCUAAAGUCUCUCCACCCAUGGAAAAAGUCUCACCUUCCUGUCUAACAAGGAUUAUUGAAACCAAUGGACACAAAAUAGAGGAAGAGGAUCGAGCUCUCUUACUGCGAAUUCUAGAAAGCAUUGAAGAUUUUGCUCAAGAACUAGUUGAAUGCAAAUCAGGCAGAGGGAGCCUAUCACAAGAAAAGGAAAUGAUGCAAAUUCUACAGGAAACCUUGACACCUUCCUCCCAGGCCAAUUUAUCGGUCUGUAGAAGUUCUGUUGGUGAUAAAGCCAAAGAUACUACUUCAGUGGUUUUGAUUCAGCAGACCCCAGAGGUGAUCAAGAUUCAAAAUAAACCAGAAAAGAAACCUGGAACACCACUUCCACCUCCAGCCACUUUUCCAAGUAGUCCCCAACCUCUCUCCCCUGUUCCUCAUGUGAAUAAUGUUGUGAAUGCACCAUUGUCCAUAAACAUUCCACGGUUCUACUUUCCUGAAGGACUCCCAGAUGCCUGCAGUAACCAUGAACAGACUCUAAGCAGAAUUGAAACUGCUUUCAUGGAUAUUGAAGAUCAGAAAGCAGACAUUUAUGAAAUGGGAAAAAUUGCAAAGGUCUGUGGCUGUCCUCUCUAUUGGAAAGCCCCCAUGUUCAGGGCUGCAGGGGGAGAGAUGACAGGAUUUGUGUCAGCACAGUCGUUCGUUGCCAUGUGGAGAAAGUUGCUGAAUAACCAUCAUGAUGAUGCCUCUAAGUUUAUCUGUCUUCUAGCAAAGCCCAGCUGUAGCUCUCUAGAGCAGGAGGAUUUUAUCCCUUUACUUCAGGAUGUGGUGGAUACACACCCUGGCCUCACGUUCCUGAAAGAUGCUCCAGAAUUCCACUCCCGCUACAUCACCACCGUUAUUCAGAGAAUAUUCUACACAGUCAACAGAUCUUGGAGUGGAAAAAUUACUUCGACAGAGAUAAGAAAAAGCAACUUUUUGCAAACUCUAGCUCUUUUGGAAGAAGAGGAAGAUAUAAACCAAAUCACAGAUUACUUCUCCUAUGAACAUUUCUAUGUUAUUUAUUGUAAAUUCUGGGAACUAGAUAGUGAUCAUGACCUCUACAUCAGCCAGGCCGAUCUCUCUCGAUACAAUGACCAGGCUUCAUCAAACAGGAUUAUUGAAAGGAUAUUCUCUGGGGCAGUAACAAGGGGAAAAACAGUACAGAAAGAGGGAAGAAUGAGCUAUGCAGAUUUUGUUUGGUUUUUGAUCUCUGAGGAAGACAAAAGGAACCCCACCAGCAUUGAGUAUUGGUUCCGCUGCAUGGAUGUGGAUGGGGACGGUGUACUCUCCAUGUACGAGCUGGAGUACUUCUACGAGGAGCAGUGUGAACGGAUGGAAGCCAUGGGCAUUGAGCCAUUGCCGUUCCAUGAUUUGCUAUGCCAGAUGCUUGACCUGGUGAAGCCUGCCAGCGAUGGCAAAAUAACUCUACGAGAUCUGAAGAGAUGCAGAAUGGCUCACAUCUUUUAUGACACUUUCUUUAAUCUGGAGAAAUACUUAGACCAUGAACAGAGAGAUCCCUUUGCGGUCCAGAAGGAUGUUGAGAAUGAUGGGCCUGAGCCCUGCGACUGGGACAGGUUUGCUGCUGAGGAGUAUGAGACUCUUGUAGCGGAGGAGUCUGCCCAAGCACAGUUCCAGGAAAGCUCCUUUGAAGAUUAUGAAACAGAGGAACCUGCCUCUCCCUCUGAAAUUGGAAACAAAGGCAAUAAAAUAGUAACCUCAAGCCUUUCAGAGAAAUGUGGAAAGCUUCAGUCAGUGGAUGAAGAGUAGCUGCCAAUGUCUACAAUGAAAGGAAGAUAGGUAUUUUAAAUGUUUUCUUGUGAAGAGAUGCUCUAGUUUGCAUACUGCUUUUUAAAGCCUUUGAUUUCUGCAAGUGUAUCUGCACUAGGAACUUUAAAACGUUUUUAAGCAAUAGGUCUGGAUACACAUACUCAAUUUGGGAGACUCCUCCAAUUUGCCUAAAUCCUCUUACAGAGCUUUUCCUCGGAAGAAAAUAUAAUGAUAUACAUCACCUUCCAAAGUCUGUGAAUCAGCACUCUUCAUCCCUGAAUUACCAAGGAUCUCUUGGGGACAGUGCCAAGCACAGUUCUGUGCACAAAAGCAGGAGUUGCCUCUGUUGUCCAGCAUCCCUGAGGCCCCUCAGGGGCUCCUAUGGAACCCAGAAGAAACCUUCACUUGCAGAAAACUUGAGUCAAAAAAUUCUGGAACUUGAAAAAGCAGUAAGGGCCUCCAGAACUGAAUUAGCCCUGAUAAUAAAAGCACUGCCAAAACAUCUCAGAGACUUCUUUUAAUUAUGUGUGUACUGGAGUUGAAAGAUCUUGAACUUACUUGGUUUAAUGUAAUUUCACAAUGACCUGCCAAACUGCUAGUCACUUUACAUCCUCAGGUAUUGUAACCACUGGGCCUUCCAACUUUGCUGGCAAGCUCUAAAUAAUUCCUCCCUAUUCUUACUGUGGAUCAUAUGUAAAAUCUGAAGAAAAAACUUCUUAAAUGAAGACAACUACAGAAUUUGACUCAUACUUG